ACUCCCCUCCUAAAGCAUGAGACUAAUCCUCGUCAUAUGUGUUCAAUAGAGCCCAAGAACCCUAAUUAGUGUUGUCAUAACCCAAACAAUAUUCUUUAGGGAGACUCUACAUCGCGUGACUGCUCUGCUUGCUUUCAGCAUGUAGAUGAAGCGACUCUGCAAGGGUUUCUGCUCGUCUGCUCCUCCUCCUUCUCAAUCUCAAAUCUUCCUCCGCGAUUCCGGCGAGAAUGGCCGUCGCCACAUUUCGAAGCCCCUCCUCUACGCCGCCCGUCUCCAGGCCGCCACCAAUUCCGGCUCCUUCUCCUGCGGCCUCCGGCUCCAUGCCCACAUCAUUAAGUCGGGACUCGACUCCGAUCGCUUCGUCGGCAACAGCCUCCUAUCCCUCUACUUCAUGCUGUGCCCCGACUUCUCCGUCACCCGCCACGUGUUUGAGAGUUUGCCCGUAAGGGAUGUCAUCUCCUGGACCUCCAUGGUCUCCGGCUACGUUCGCGCCGGCCGGCCCCUGGAGUCCCUUCUUAUGUUCGUCAAGAUGUCUACUAUCGGCGGCGUCGAGCCGAAUGCAUUCACCCUGUCCUCUGCGGUGAAGGCAAGUUCCGAUCUUGGAGACGUCAGGCUCGGUAGGUGCUUCCAUGGGAUGGUUAUGACGCGUGGUUUCGAAACCAAUCAUGUGAUUGCGAGCGCGCUCGUCUAUAUGUAUGGCAGGAACUCUGCAUUGGAAGACGCAAGGCGGAUGUUUGACGAAUUGCCCGAGCCCGACGCUAUCUGUUGGACUUCGAUUAUCUCCGUGUUGACAUGGAACGACGAAUUCGCCAAAGCACUGAGCUGUUUCUAUUCGAUGAUUAGGAGGAAGGAACUUGGGAUUGUUCCGGAUGGAUUCACGUUUGGGACAAUCAUGACUGCAUUGGGUAAUUUGGGUAGGGCGAGACAGGGCAAGGAAGCACACGCCAAAGUCAUCACGAGUGGUCUCUGUGGCAAUGUGGUGGUCGAAAGCAGCACCCUUGACAUGUAUGCGAAAUGUGGGUACAUGGAAGAUUCACGGAAGGUAUUCGAUCGAAUGGCAUCUAAGAAUGCGGUGUCCUGGUGUGCCUUGCUCGGAGGGUACUGUCAAGGCAAGAACUACAGAGCUGUCCUCAAUCUGUUCCGUGUGAUGGAUAAAGGAGAUGAUCACUACAGCUUUGGCACGGUUCUUCGGGCUUGUGCAGGUCUUGCAGCCAUAAGAGAGGGGAAGGAGCUACAUUGCAAGUAUCUAAGAAUGGGGGGCUGGAGAGACGUAGUUGUGGAAUCUGCUCUGAUUGAUCUCUAUGCAAAAUGUGGCCUCAUAGACUAUGCCUAUCAUCUCUUUACUAAGAUCUUCAUCAGAAACUUGAUAACAUGGAACGCAAUGAUCUGUGGCCUUGCGCAAAAUGGUAGAGGUGGGCAAGCCAUCGAGGUGUUUGAUGAGAUGGUCAAGGGAGGGACUAAGCCUGACUGUAUCAGUUUUAUCGGGGUUCUGUUUGCUUGUAGCCACACAGGUUUGGUCGAUGAAGGCAAGAGAUACUUCAGAUCAAUGACUGAAGAUUACGGGAUCGCAGCGGGGAUCGAGCACUAUAACUGCAUGGUUGAUCUCUUGAGCAGGGUUGGUCUACUCAAAGAAGCUGAAGAUUUGAUAAACAAUGCAAAGUACAGAGAUGAUUCUUCGCUGUGGGCGGCUCUUCUAGGUGCGUGUGCCACCUACUCUAGCCCAGGAGUGGCGGAACGCGUGGCGAAGAAGAUGAUGGAGUUGGAGCCACAGUACCACUUGAGCUAUGUUCUUCUCGCGAAUGUCUACAAGACAGUAGGGCGAUGGAACGAUGCUGUGCAGGUAAGGAAGUUGAUGAGAGAAAGGGGUGUGAGGAAAGCCCCUGGAAAAAGCUGGAUUGAAGUGAAUCGUAGGACUUGUGUUCUGCUUAAUAAAGAUGGUGUGGAUAAGCCUAGCUUUGAAGAUUCUGAAGAUCAGUUUCCAGGUAUUGUGAAUUCAUUAGAGCCUGCUAAUUCUGAAGAAAUGGAGCACAAUUUGAUCCCAGUCUUGCAGCAAUCAUUAUAAAUUUGAAGUCACACAAUAAUUCAUAAGAGGAAGAAGGAGAGCAGAGCAAUCCAAGCAAAUAGAGACAUCGAUGAAACACACAACAUUCAUAUGAGUUAUUUGGAAGGGGAUUUCUUCUUGUGGUCUUGAGGACGGGAUUUGUUGACUCUUUCUAUGUACCGAGCCGCUUUAUCGUCGAUGUUGGAUUUUAUCUUCGAAACCGUUCUCGGAGGACGAGAGGCAGCAGCUUUAUCCUCCGUUUUCUGGUAUUCCACCGGCACCUCCGUUGGAGAAGCAACACCAAGCUUGCCAUCUUUGAGGAUGGUGACUGGCACUUGGGAUAUGGUUUCUUCUUGUUGGAUGCUAUUUAUGUUUCUCUGACCCUCACUGACCUGUUUGAACUUGGACAAGGGAACGAGGAAGCUCAAGAGUCUUUGGCAAAUGCCAAGAGGCUCAGCUGCAUCAUUCCUCUUGUCCAUAUCUUGCACAGGAAACAGAGGAGGAGGAAGUGAUGAAAAACUUACUGCCCACCAAUGCAAGCGUUCUAUUUGAAGUCCGCGAAGAGACAAGGUAGCGUGGAAAUAAAGCAGACUACUGUUGCAAGCAACACAUAAAAGAGGAAGGAUCCGUUCCUUUGUGUUGCAGACACUAGGAUUCUCCAGAAUCUAGUUUGUGUUUAUAUAUGAAUGCUAGAUUCAUACCAGACAACACAGAGCUACAAGCAAAGAACUUUUUGCAUGAAAGAUAUGGCAUAAAAUUUAUGCUUGUCCCCUCAGUGACAAGGGUAUCUUUGUGUAGUUAAACAUACAUAUGGUGAUUAGAUACACGUGCUUCACAAGUUAUUAUUCCUCA